CAGAUCCGAUUUGUUCCCAACCCGGCCUGUCACUCUCUAGUCCCAUCUUCCUUUCCAACAAACAAAACUUCCCGCAAAAUCCUAAGCCCCGCCUUCUUCCUCGAAUGCUUAAACCCUAAACCACCGGCAUCACCUCCCUGCUCACACCAGUCUCCAAUGGCGAAACACAAGGAGAAGCACCACCAGAAGUCCGUUUCGAAACCCAACCCCUUCGAGACCAAAUCACCAAAACCCGGCAGAGCUGACGCCAAUCACAACCAUGAGACGGCGGCGACGGCGAAGAAGAAAAAGAAUAAGUUAGGCCCGAACGCUGUCGCCAUGAAGCACCAGGCCCCCCUAAAACCCAACCCGUUCGAGACCAGGUCCCGUAGGAAAUUCAACAUUCUCGGCAAAAAGCGCAAAGGCGAAGAGCGCCGAGUUGGCCUCUCCCGCUCUCGCGCCAUUGAAAAGAGGAAGAACACGCUGCUGAAGGCGUACGAGCAGAGCAAUAAAGCUUCGGUCUUUGUCGAUAAGCGAAUUGGGGAGCAUAAUGACGAGCUCAAUGAGUUCGAUAAGGCCAUUCGGCGUGCGCAGCGUGAGCAUCAAUUAAAGACGAACAAGAAAAGCAAAUAUAACUUAUCAGAUGGAGAAGAAGAUGACUUUGAAUUUCAAAGUCUUGGUGCAUUAUCUGAAAGGGAUGAUUUUGAGGAUGAUGUGCUGCCUGAUGAUGACGACAAUGGCACAGAAACCACUAAAACUAAGAGUAUGUGUAGAGAUACUUCUAUCUUGGAUGGUGAUCUAAUGGAAGGAGAGGAAAACAGACCUAAAAGCAAGAAGGAAGUAAUGAAGGAGGUUAUGGUAAAAGACAAAUAUUAUACGGCUGAAACAGCAAAAGAUAAGGAAGAACUAGAAGAUUUUAGGCAAGAAUUGGACAAAUCCUUCACAUCCAUAGUGCCCUCUAAACUGUUACAAAUUACUGAACCAGACAAGAACAUUCCAAAUGAGCAUUCGAAGAAGGAUGAGCUUUCUGAACAGGUAUUUUCUUGAAACCGUGCUCAACCCUCUGACAGGACAAAGACACCUGAAGAGAUAGCACAAGAGGAGAGAGAGCAGCUUGAGCAUUUGGAGGAAGAGAGACAGAAGAGGAUGCUUGCCACUGAUAUCAAUAGUGAUGAUGACAAUGAAGAUGCUGAGACAUCAUCUAACCAUAAUAAGCCAAGACCCAUAUCUGGAGAUGAUCUUGGCGACUCCUCUCUUGAUGAAGAGCUGCGGAUUAAAAAGGGUUGGGUUGAUGAGAUUCUAGAAAGAAAAGAUGCUAGCGAUUCUGAGAGUGAAAAAGGUGACGCUUCUGAGGAUUCAGAAAGUCCUGAAGAUGACAGUGAAGGAUCUGAUAAAGAUAUUAAUCUGGGUGAAAAUAAUCUAUUUAUGAAGGACUGGGAACAAAGUGAUGAUGAUAAUCUUGGAACGGAUUUGGAUGAGGAGGAAGAAGAAGAAGAUGGGUCUGAAGCACAUGAAGAGGAUGAUGAUGCUGACGAAGAAGAGGUGGAACCAAUAAAGCUGAAAAAAAUUGAUGCCUCUGAAGCCAGUAAAAAAGAGGGCGAUUCUUUAGAUGCCAAGAAAAUAUCUCAGGACGGUAAACGAUCUUCUACUCAGUCAUACCUCCCAUACCUAAUUGAAGCUCCAAAAAGCUUUGAAGAAUUAGGUGCAUUGGUGUAUUAUCUUUCUAAUGCCGACAUUGUCUUGAUUAUCAAUCGAAUCCGGAAAAGCAAUGCAAUCAAGCUUGCAGCAGAAAACCGGAAAAAAAUGCAAGUAUUUUAUGGUGUACUCCUGCAGUAUUGCAAGCCGUUGAAUAUGGAGUUGUUAAAUUUUCUGGUUAAGCCAUUGAUUGAGAUGAGUAUGGAGACUCCAUACUUCGCUGCAAUUUGUGCUCGUGAGAGAAUUUUACAGGCGCGGACAGAAUUUAGUGAAACUGUUAAGAACCCAGAACAGAGUUGUUGGCCUUCUUCAAAGACAUUAUUUCUUCUGAGGCUUUGGUCCCUGAUAUUUCCAUGCUCUGAUUUUCGCCAUGUGGUCAUGACUCCAGCAACACUGUUGGUGUGUGAAUAUCUGGCGCGUUCUCCUAUCAUGUCUGGUCGUGAUACUGCAGUUGGUUCUUUCUUGUGCGCCAUGCUUCUCUGUAUAACCAAACAAUCUCGGAAGUUCUGUCCCGAAGCAGUCAUGUUUCUCACAACAUUGUUGAUAGCAGCUAAAGACAGAAAGCCAAUGCCAAGUCAAAAUUCUCAUUUUUGUCAUCUUAUGGAAUUAAAAGCAAUCAGGCCUCUUUUAUGUAUACAUGAAUCUAUAGCUCAGGUUGAUUCUCUGAAUUUUCUCACAAUAAUGGACCUGCCAGAGGACUCCUCUUUUUUCAGCUCUGACGAUUUCAGGUUAGGAAAUUUGCUGGUGACGGUGAUUGAAACUGUACGUGAGUUUGUCAUCUUUUAUGAAGGAUUCAGUUCUUUUGCCGAAAUCUUUUUGCCAAUUUCAGUAUUGUUGCUUGAAGUGGCGGAACAGGAUAGUAUGCCACAAGUAUUAACAGACAAAUUGAAAGAUGUUGCUGAACUGAUUAAGUCAAAAGCAGAUAAACAUCACAUUCUGCGGCAACCACUUCAGAUGCGGAAGCAAAAGCCAGUGGCUAUCAAAAUGCUCAAUCCGAAAUUUGAGGAGAACUUUGUGAAGGGCAGAGACUAUGAUCCAGACCGGGAACGAGCCGAGCGAAUAAAGAUGAAGAAACUUUUGAAGCAAGAAGCUAAAGGGGCUAUCCGUGAACUGCGUAAGGAUAAUUAUUUCCUUUACGAGGUGAAGGCAAGGGAUAAGGCGAUGAUGGAAGAAGAGAAAGCUGAGAAAUAUGGAAAAGUACGACUUUUCCUACAAGAGCAAGAACAUGCUAUGAAGUCCGGGCAAUUAGGAAAAGGCAAAGGCAAGAAGAGAAGGCGAUGAGUUUGGUUUUUAUUGUUUCGGUUGCGUAUUACCUUCUGAUGACUUAUGCCUUCGAGGUUAAGGUCCCUGAAGUAAGCAGAAGGGUCACGCUCGAAAUCACCCCCGAAGAUUCGGUACCCUCUUUCGGGAGCCUUCAUCGUGUUCCUUUGGCCGGAACCCGAUCCAAACACUCCAUAUAGACCGUACGCAGCGAGGGCUAAAACUGCAACAGUUCCAGCCAAACCUGCCACAGUGUUCUCAUUUCCCUCCUUACUCUCAUUCGCUCCCAUUUUUGGAUAUAUGUAUAUAAGUUGAAUCUGCAACAUACAGAUUGUUAUAUAGUGUAUUAUUUUGAUUUACUAAUGAAUCCAGGAAUUUCAA